AUGUGUGCGUGUCACCUCGCUCGUGACUUUUUUGCCGAAGCGCUCUGCGCUCGGCCCACGCUCAAAGGACGGGAUACCAAGAGCCGCACGGAGCGUACAAUCCGUAUAAAUACGCAGAUACUUCAGCUUAGCACACGGACGCGGAUCCCGAAUACGCAGCGGCGCAUACGCUUCGCUGCGGAGUUGUACGGCACCUACGUAGAUGUGGAAUCUCUCAUCGGUAACCUCUGCCCCGCCUACAUAAUUCGUUACAAAGAAAGGCGACUACGUCCCCCCGCGCUCUGA